UCGUUUUAUUUUAAUUUUAUUUUAUAUGAAAUACUACUCCACCACUGCAAGCACACGUGAUCUGACGUCAUCUUCAUGCGACAGCAGGAAAGCGUUCUCUCAGACGUCUAGAAUUUCCCGUUGUUUUUCAGAUCUAAAAGAAAAUAUGUCUGGAAGUUUUUAUUUUGUUAUGGUUGGGCAUCAUGAUAAUCCUGUCUUUGAGAUGGAGUUUCUACCUCCUGGUAAAGCGGAGUCAAAGGAUGACCACCGUCAUCUGAACCAGUUUAUCGCACACGCAGCGCUUGAUCUGGUUGAUGAAAACAUGUGGCUGUCAAAUAAUAUGUACCUCAAAACUGUAGAUAAAUUCAAUGAAUGGUUCGUCUCUGCCUUCGUCACAGCUGGUCAUAUGAGAUUCAUCAUGCUUCAUGAUGUACGACAAGAGGAUGGAAUUAAAAACUUCUUCAGUGAUGUUUAUGACCUAUACAUCAAGUUUGCAAUGAAUCCAUUCUAUGAAGUUAAUGCACCAAUACGCUCAACGGCCUUUGACAGAAAAGUGCAGUUUCUUGGCAAGAAGCAUCUUCUCAGCUGAUUUCAAGGACUAGAAUUUUAUAUUCUGGUGAUCAUGUCUGGGUGGUUGUAUAUAGAAGGACCAUUUCCCUCCUGUAUAAAGUUCUCUCUCUCUUUUGUGUAUGUAUGUUUGUAUGUAUGUGUUUUUGUCUCAUUGUUUGUUUACAGUAAUAUAAUUAUAUUAUGGAAGUUCUUUAAUUAUUUUCUUUUUGAUUGUCAUAAAUCAGUAAUAAAUGUAUUAUUAUUUA